AUGGAGGUUUCUUCUUUCGCCACUGUACCCAGACUUUGUUACUCAUGCUCCUCUGUUCCAGAAUCGUCGCGAUUUAAAGGAGUCAAAGUUCACUUAUGGGACCGAUCUCCUGUUCCUGUUCAAUUGAGCAUACGAAAAAGAAGAAGCACUCGUAAUCUGGUUUCAUGCAGUCAGAAGAGAGAUGUCGCUAUCGUCGAUGGAAGCUGUAUGGAUGAGAUAUAUGAUAAGCUGGCGGAACGCAUUGUCCCUGCAUCAGCAGCAAUGUUUAGCCCCAAUGUUAAACGUUUAGUCGGUUUGGCUGGUCCUCCUGGCGCCGGGAAAAGCACAUUAGCAAAUGAAGUUGUACGCCGUGUGAAUAAGCUAUGGCCUCAAAAAGCUUCUUCUUUUGAUGCUGAGGUUACGCCUCCGGAUGUCGCUAUUGUACUUCCCAUGGAUGGGUUCCAUUUGUAUCGUUCCCAACUCGAUGCAAUGGAGGAUCCUAAAGAAGCUCAUGCGAGAAGAGGAGCUCCAUGGACUUUUGAUCCCGCACUAUUGCUUAACUGUUUAAAGAAGCUGCGAGACGAGGGCUCAGUUUAUGUGCCAUCAUUUGAUCAUGGAGUUGGGGAUCCAGUUGAAGAAGAUAUCUUUGUUAGCCUCCAGCAUAAAGUGGUACUUGUAGAAGGAAACUACGUGCUGUUACAAGACGGAUCCUGGAAAGACAUCUCGGAUAUGUUUGAUGAGAAGUGGUUCAUUGAUGUCAAUCUGGAUACAGCGAUGCAACGUGUCGAAGCCCGACAUAUCUCAACUGGUAAACCGCCGGAUGUUGCUAAAUGGCGGAUUAAUUAUAACGACCGACCAAACGCAGAACUGAUAAUGAAGUCGAAGACGAACGCUGAUGUACUGAUCAGAUCGAUCAAUUUUUGA